GUUAAAUCACUUCAGAAAACACUUAUUAUGAUAAAUUGACCAUAAAACAUCAUAUUUUAAAGAAUUCAAAGGUUCACAAUAGGAUGUAUGGGGGUGACAAAUGGAUUAUAUGGGUUAAAAGAAUCUUUACUGAAGGUACAUCAUCAUGGAAUAAUAUAUAGUAAACAAAAUAAGUACCAACUUCAAUCCUUGGACUUUUAACUAGAAUGGCGACUCCGGCAAAAUUAUGUAACAUCCUUAGAGGAAUCACCAGACUCUCCCUAGAUUACAGUAUCACGCUGAGUAGCCUGAACUCAUUUGCUGGAUCCCAGAUCCAUACUAGUGCUGCGUGUAGUGCUAGUAAGUUUAAGCGGGCCAUGCGUCCAAAUGUAGAUACGUCCUUAGGGAUGGGCCGCACUCGCUAUGACAAGGUUGUGGAAUCUAUGGACAAGUACACGGUGAGACCAUUGAAGAUGCAUAAUGGAGCAGGCAGGGGCCCAGAUGGUCGAAUCUGGACACAUGGAAUUGGAGGUGGAGCUAAGAGAAAUUUCCGCAUGGUUGAUUUUGUUCGUAAAGGAAUAAAUGAAACUGAGCCAUUGGUUGAGAAGGUUGACACCAUUAUUUAUGAUCCAAACAGGAGUGCAAUCUUAGCUCUUGUUGCAAGUGGAACUCAUAAACGUUACAUCAUAGCUACAGAGAAUAUGAAGAAAGGAGAUAUCAUAAAAAGUUCUAGCCAUAUACCCAGGAUGGCAGUGAAACCAAGAGAAGGAGACUCCCACCCACUAGGAGCACUACCUAUAAACACAAUAGUUUGUUGUAUCGAGCUGUUCCCUGGCCAAGGUGGGAUUCUUGCCAGAGCUGGGAAUUCAUCAGGUCAACUCAUUAGAAAAGUUGAUGGACGAUGUAUUAUUAAAAUACCAUCUAAACGAGAAAUUAACGUUUCUGAACAUUGUGUUGCAACAGUUGGCAGAACAAUGUUGAAAGAAGGACGUGAUGUCAUUGGAAAAGCUGGACGGAAUCGAUGGUUAGGAAUUAGACCCCAGUCUGGAUUGUGGCAUAGGAAAACAGGACGCUUUGGGAGAAAACUUCGAGCUCCCCCUGCUAUGGUUACAUACAAUAAGCCUAAACCCCCUCCCCCAACUAUAUACCAGUUUUCUUCCUAGUUUAUUGAACAUGUGAAUAGUAGUUAUAAAUAUCAUGUUUUGCCAACAUAAUAAUCUGAUUCCUGUAUUCUGUGACUUCUUUUGUGAAAAAGUGCUUCAAAACACAUGUUUCUGUUGUCUUUUCAAAAGAGAAUAAGGGCUUCAUGUAUGUCAGAGCCCUGUCUCAUGAACAGGAUUUAGGGAAGUAGUGUGAUUGUUUAUUGAAUUCUGCACAUUCUGUUAAUAAAUAAGAAGUCAAUUAAACAGUCAGUGAUUAUGAAUAAUAUGCAUUUAAAAUGUGCUCCAUUCAGUAAAUAAUUAUGAUCUAUAACCAACUAUAAGAAGUACAGUACAGUAGUCAGUAUUCAUUUUUUUAGGAAAUUCUGUACAAUAUUCUGUUUCCAAAUCAGGUUAUGAUUUCUUGAUCUGUUUUAACAUUUCAAUCUGGAAAAAUAAAAACCUAGUAAUAUUAACUGUAUAAAUUAUGUGUUUAAUCAAUGAUUAUUAUCCCACCAAACGAAUUUUGUAGGGAUAUGAAGAAGCUCACCAUCCAUCUGUUCGUGUGUCUGCCCGUGUGUCAGGGCAUUUAUUUAAUUUUGUCAAUUUUGCUCAAAUGAGACAAAUGCUCAAAUGCCUGGUUAUUAUGUCAACACCACAAGUGGGGACAUAUUGUUAUGGUCUCCA